AUGUUCAUCCAGGAAGCUCGAGCGUUUGCGGAUGCGGAAUGUAUUGCGUCCCCCGCGUUUCUACUACCUAAUCUGGCUCAUCAAGUCGUUAUAGAGUUACUCGAUAUGUGUGGUGUCCCACAUGUUGACAGCACACGUGAAGCUGAUUUGCAAAUGGCUGAACUCGCUGUGCUGCUCGAUUGUCCGAUUGUAAGCAACGACUCCGACUUCUACCUGUUUCAGUCACCUGCCCCAUCACGUUAUCGAGUAAUUCCACUGUCUUCACUGAGCUCUACAUGUGACUGGUUGCCAACGAAGUGCGCCGACUGCGGGUCUCAAUCUGCAACUUGCUUUGCAUUGUCAUGCUCCGUUUAUCGCCCAUCCCAGUCUUGUUUGAACAAAGUGACACCGAGUCUACUUCCAUUACUGGCUGUGCUGUUGGGCAAUGAUGUCAUUUCGAACGUUCACCUUCCUCUUGGUGUGAUAAGCUUAAUAAACCUGGCUCCGAGAAUGUCAUACUGCGCGAGGCGGGUCCAUGCUGUGCUGGGUUGGUUGAGCCAAUUCUCGAACAAUUCCUCAGGUGCACUACGUCAAAUUCUGUCCGGAUAUUCUGGCCCCCAGCUAAUUGACAUUACAAAGCAAAUUGCACAGUGUAUCCGUGGAUACUUUCUCGAUCCGGUCACUGGUGGUUCUGAACUGGCCAAUGAAAUGAACCUUCCAACUGACGCUUACUUUGCUCGACACUCACUCUAUAGAAGACCAUCUAUUAACCUGGAUUCUAUCUCAGUGAAGACGGUGGAUGAGGCGAUUACGUUGCUCAAGCAAACAUUGUCCCACUGGGAAGCAGGCGCAGUUGGCACGGGCACCGGUUUAUGCUUUCAGUGGCCUCGGCAACUGAGUCAUGUAUUCCGAACUGGUCGCUUAUGCAAUUCAUUGAUUGAUGCGUUAUACGUGCGUGGUGGAAGUGUACUAAGGAAUCUAUACGAGGAUUUGAACUACGAGACCUCCAUCUACUCCGUGAGUGAGCAGAUUCGCUUCUUGAAUUAUCGCUUGUUGGUUGAGCUUGAGAAUCGCAUCGGUUGUACGAAAAAGCUCCUCGCGUUGACGGAUGGAAACCCGAUAGAGAGCCGCCGUGAAGGUAAGCGAAUGUCCACAUUCUCCGUGCAGUUACCAGUCGUGACGGUGCCGCGUUGUGUGUCAACCGUAGAGUGCAUAGACCGAUUUUUCAGCCAAUAUUUGUCCCUUGAACUGAGCAGCAUGGUUUGUGACUCACCGCAGACAUUGGGUAUCAUCUGUGUGGUUAUUUUUUGGUUACGACACACAUCUAUUAAGGACGUCGCCCAGAUUCCAGUGAACGGAAACCCCGUUGUGUUAGCCUUUAUAACCUGCGCUUUGUUGACUGGAAUUCAUUACGAAUGCUCACGUGGUCACGAAAAAACCGUUGCAGACAAGGAAUUGGAGAAGCUGUGCAAGCGUUACGGCCAAGUUGCUAGCGAUGCAAAACGUGAAUGUGUGACAGACGGCCACCACUGCUACUCAAUUGAGGUUGUACAUCAGCUGAGUGAAUUGCAAUUGGUGUACGUGGAGUUGCAGCACCUGACGACUUUGCUGGAAGUCCUGUGUACAUGUACUGGUGGGGAGGAAGACCCCACUGGAGGUGACAGUGCACCCGCGGACGAAAUGCGACUGAUAUUUUGGCCAGGGUGGCUGAUGUUUUCAAGUGGACGUCUGCUUCAUUGGUUGGUACAGGCUCUGGCCUGGGCUCCGCCUGAUGACCGAAUCGACCGGUUGAAGUAUCGGUGGAUACCCACCCUAUUGCAUGCGAUAUUCUUUGACGACAUCACUUCAUCAUAUACGUCAGAAUAUUCGAAGCUCGUUGUUGAUGAACUCGACGCUGUGCUUUGUGUAUUGACUGAUGUCGCAUUUACACCAUCGAACGUGUGAGCUGCUAUUGUUCGAGAAUAUUCUAACUCGAAUCUGUAUUAUUUUCUGUAGUCCUCUCUUUGUAUUUGAACAUUCCCAUAAAAUUGAUUCCUAG